GCGGUUUUUUGGGGGUAUAGCGGAGAUUCCUAGCACCGUAAUUUUAAACCAAAUUCCUGAAAUGACAGAACCAACAAGUUUCAUAGGGUAUGCCUUAAUUGUUAACGUGAAGUAUUUUCAGAAUGAGGUCGACAGAAAAGAUAGCAUUUCUGAUCAAACAAAUUCAUUGGCAGCUUUCAAACGACUUGGAUUUGAAACCAAUUUAGUGACCGAGAUCGAGGAUGACGACGUAAGUGGAGAUGUGCCUUCAGUUUAUGUUACCAAAAGUCGCUUCCAGAGAGAACUGGGGAAAGCCAUAGAGCAUGUGCAAUCUAAAGGAUAUCAACAUUUCGCUGUGUUUGUUUCAACACAUGGAGCAGAGACUAGAAAAGAGGACAUGUAUAUGCAUGAGCUGUGUUUUUAUGAUGAGGAUGUGCCAACUCGGGAGAUAUUAUUUGAACCUCUGGACAAGGAGUUGAGUCAAGUGAACAAGUUCGUCCUAGUUCAGGCCUGUAGAAGUCGUGAGGGUUAUGAGGAUGAAGAUCAAGGUGUAUCGAUUCAGGUUGUCGAUGAUCCAGCCCAGGAGUAUCAGACAUCAGAGGCACUCACCCAGGUUUCAGAGAGCAGUACUAACCAUUUACACUGCAGUCCACCUUCAAUACCACACUGUGUUACCAUGUUUGCCUCACCGUCAGGAAAAUCCGCAUACCGUAAUCAUCUGGCCAGUUUGUUAUUGGAAAGGGUUCGACAUCUGAAUGAUGGUACAAGAGUAAAUUUGUUAGAUUUACUGAGGCAAAUAAACAGAAGAUUUACAGAUGAGGCGAUCUCAAUGGAUAAAGUAAAAGAUGGGGUCUGGAUAUCCUACAAUGUGUGUAAUGUUGGUAGCAUUAGUCACUGCCUGACAAAACCUAUAUACUACACCAUAGUACGGGAGGCUGUGACACAAUGAUGAAUCAAAAAUGAUGAAUUAAACAAUGAUGAUGAAUUAUACAAUCGUGAUGAAUUAAACAAUGAUGAUGAAUUAUACGAUCGUGAUGAAUUAAACAAUGAUGAUGAAUUAUACGAUCGUGAUGAACUAUGCAAUGAUGAAUUAUACAAUGAUGAAUAAAAAAUGAUGAAUUAUACGAUUGUGAUGAAUUAAACAAUGAUGAUGAAUUAUACGAUCGUAAUAAACUAUGCAAUGAUGAAUUAUACAAUGAUGAA